AGUGGCCCCACAGUCUUCCCGCCCAGCACCUUCUUCCUGGUCAGAUAGGUCACAAGCCUGGAAGAAGCGUUUGUCUGGAGUAACGAUGCUGGCUCAUUCCCAGACUGUUGCCAAGGCCAAGUACAACUUUUUAUUUGGUUCAGACAAAGAAAGACCUUCAGGAAUGGGUGGCCAUGGAGGUAGCACUCUGCUCCCACAGACCGUCAUCAAUGAAUUUCCAGAGUAUGGGACAAUGGAGCAGCAAGGUGUGGAAGCACUGAAGUCUUCGUGUGAGCUUCAGGCAGAGGCUGUAACGUGCAGUCCAGGGAGGUGGGAAGGGGAAACAUUGCCUUGCAAAUCUUGUCCCAAGAGUGGCACUUACGAAGAUGAGUCAAGAUCUUGCAUUGAGACAUUGCAGCAGUCCUCUGAAGAAGAAACUUUGCAACCUGAUGAGACGCAGACUGAAAUGAUGAGAAGUUUUCAAGGGCUGGAAACUGCAAAGGAACCAAAGGGAGUGAAAACUACUCUUGGUUCAGAGAGACAAAUGGAAAAAGAAAGGAAUAUUGGCAGCCAAAACUUACAGACAGCCAGAGAACUGGUUUCAGCAGUCCAAGAAAAACCCUCAGACAUGCCUCCUCUGUCUGAAGUAACAGCUGAGGAAGAAUUAUAUUUGAUCACAGAGAACGAUUUGGCUUUAGUGUUGGGAGGAGAAAAGCGGUCGGAGUCCUUUCAAAUUAUCAGUAAUAAAAUGGGGGAGGACCACGAAGUGCAGGAGUCCGGCUGUGGUAGACCAUCCCUGAUGUACCUGGAAGCAGACCGCAGAGUAGAAGGCACUGUUGGCAUUCUUGGGGAGGGUUGGGUUGAUUUUGAGAAGGAGUUUUCAGCAUAUGAGCCAGGUGAAAAGCAAAUAGGUCCUGAGAGGAGGAUAUCGAAAGAGGCAGCUGUGAGCAAGCAUGUAGAAUUUCGAGGGGUGGAGAUCUUAUGGUUGCAGAAAGCAGAAGGGCAGCAGGGCAUGAAACAUUCAGUCCUAGAGGCUAACGCACCCUCACAAAAAACUGUGUGUGUGGAAAGGAAGCCAUUUUCCAUAGAACCAAGCUACCCUUUUCCAUCCAUGGUCUCCUCAGGGCAUGUCACGUUGCCUGAGGAGGUUUGGAAUGAAGCCUGGAAAGAUGUGAAACCAGGAACUGGUUCUGAGGCUGUUUCUCCUACUUUGCUGGCCAAAGGUGAGGAAGAUGAAGUCUUUAUGAAGGAAAAGAAGAAACAUGCUGAAGAGAGGAUCCCCAGGUCUGACAGCGGCAAGGAAAGGAUCAUGGAGGAGGUAGACGCAGCCAUGGGAGGAUAUGAAGAUGUCCUUGGACAAAGGCAUGCAGAAGCCUCGACUGAUGUGUACAGCUCACAGUUUGAAAACAUUCUAGACAAUGCGUCUUUAUAUUAUAGCGCAGAAUCACUGGAGACGUUAUACUCUGAGCCUGAUAGCUACUUUAGCUUUGAAAUGCCACUCACUCCAAUGAUCCAGCAACGUAUGAAGGAAGGCAGUCAGUUUUUAGAAAGGACUUCAGCUUCAGGGCAGCAAGAUGCCUUUAAGCUUCCCACAGAUGGUGAGAGUAAGAGUCAUUGUGGAGAAAUCUCCAAUGGCUUCAGGGAAGUAAGUGGCACACUCUUCAAAGGAGACGUCACUGAGGUUACUCAUCUGGAAAGCAAUGCUGGACUGAAGAACAAGCUCAUAGACUCCAGGUCUGCCAUGGGUAGCAAUGAGUUUCUGGAGAAAGAAGCCACUGAAAACUUAAGCACAGAUCUUAGCAAUGGCACCAACAGCAAUUUGGAAGCAGCCAGAAGACUAGCUAAGCGUCUCUACCAGCUGGACCGAUUCAAGCGCUCUGACGUGGCAAAGCACUUGGGUAAAAACAAUGAGUUCAGCAAACUUGUGGCAGAAGAAUAUCUCAAGUUUUUUGAUUUCACGGGUAUGACGCUGGAUCACUCACUCAGGAGUUUCUUUAAGGCCUUUUCACUAAUUGGAGAAACUCAGGAAAGAGAGAGAGUUUUAAUCCACUUUUCCAACAGAUAUUAUCAGUGUAACCCCAAUACUAUUUCAGCUCAAGAUGGAGUCCACUGCCUCACAUGCGCAAUGAUGCUGCUUAACACGGACCUGCAUGGCCAUAACAUUGGGAAGAAGAUGACCUGUCAAGAAUUCAUCGCCAACCUUCAGGGCAUGAAUGAUGGAAAGGACUUUCCCAAGGGGUUGCUGAAGGCUCUCUACAAUUCAAUCAAGAAUGAGAAGCUUGAGUGGGCAGUAGAUGAAGAAGAGAAAGAGAAAAAAAAAUCUCACACAGAUGGUACUGAUGAAAAGGAUAAUGGCUCCCACCCAAAGGGUGUCAAUCGGAUUGGAAAUUCCAAUAACCCAUUCCUAGAUAUUCCCCAUGACCCCAAUGCUGCUGUUUAUAAAACUGGAUUUCUGGCUCGGAAAAUCCAUGCAGAUAUGGAUGGAAAGAAAACUCCCAGAGGGAAACGUGGCUGGAAGACCUUUUAUGCUGUUCUGAAGGGAACAGUGCUCUACUUGCAAAAGGAUGAAUAUAAACCAGAAAAGGCUUUGUCAGAGGAAGAUCUUAAAAAUGCAGUGAGUGUACACCAUGCAUUAGCAUCAAAGGCAACUGACUACGAGAAAAGGCCUAAUGUUUUAAAGCUCAAAACAGCUGAUUGGAGAGUCCUGCUUUUCCAAGCCCAAAGUCAAGAUGAGAUGCAAGCCUGGAUUGACAAAAUCAACUGUGUUGCAGCUGUCUUUUCUGCACCUCCGUUUCCAGCUGCUAUUGGCUCUCAGAAGAAGUUUAGCCGCCCGCUUCUGCCUGCCACCACGACAAAGCUCUCUCAGGAUGAACAGCUAAAAUCACAUGAAGCCAAGCUGAAGCAGAUCUCGACCGAGUUAGCUGAACAUCGCUCCUACCCGCCAGACAAGAAACUGAAGGGCAAGGAAGUGGAUGACUACAAACUGAAAGAUCAUUAUCUGGAGUUUGAGAAAAUUCGCUAUGAGAUUUAUGUUACCCUUCUGAAAGAAGGGGGGAAAAUGCUGCUGAGCAGUAACGAGAAUGAUGGGCCAGGACUGAAGAAAUCUCACUCAAGUCCUUCCUUAAAUCAGGAGUCCCCAGUUAGUGCCAAGGUGAAGCGAAACGUCUCAGAGAGGAAGGACUACAGACCGGAAACACCCAGCAUUAAGCAGAAGGUCACUUAGGGCGCAUGAGACAGCAGGAGGAACAGCCAUGCAGUAAAAUGCCGGUGGUGGUCAAACAUUUCCUUUGAUAACCUGUCAUUCACAAAAACAAGCGCAUCUGCCUGAAUGGGGUGUUAGUGACAUUUUCUAUUGUAUAUUUUGUUGUUCCUGUACAGAUUGUGGGAGAUGUCUUUGCUCCUGACUUGCUUUGCCUUGUUAAUUUAUCAGUUAGCAAUUGAAGUUCCUCUUCUUAUGUUCAAGGAUUGGGAAGGGGACUAGGACUUUGUUUCAUGUUGCUUCCCCUUUUACCUUUUUCCAUUGGCACAUGACUUUCAUCUCAAGUCACUUGUGACCUUUCUGUGGUGGGUGGGAAAAGUAACUGGAUGAGUGUUGCAGCCCAGUGAACUCCACCUGCAGCUACACACAAAUUUUGUACAAGAAUUGUUGCACAGCUGCAGAGGUAGGGCUGGCCACUUGCAGCGAGAGGUCAGUUAAAAUCUGACACUGGGAAUAGAGAUUUCCCAAUGAUGCAAAACAUGUUGGUACUUGUGCUCAGUGUUGGGAGCUGUGUAAAUAGACAGGUUACAAUAUUGCAUUCAUGCUAGACCUGUAAAUAUUAAGGGGCUAAACCUGAAAAUUGUUGGGAAUGUUGAGAUUCCAGAAUUGAAGUAGGGUUUCUUUUUUGUCUUUCAAAACAAAAGCUUGGGGUACCAGGCAGAGGAAAACCCACUGCCAUGUUUCUCUUGGUGGUUAGAGAAGAUUCAGCCAUUUAUCAAGCGGUAACCCAUUGUAGAGGUCAACCUUUCACCUUAUGUUAAAGAAGCAAGAGGUAUCCAUGUAUUUCUUAAAACCUGUUGUCUCAUAGCUGCUAUAUAGAGAGCCUUAAUGUACAUUGUGCAGCUGCACUUUUUUCCCCUUUCCUAAAAUUUGCUUCCUGUUUAGUAUGCGCAGGUGGCCUGCAUUCUCUCUGAUAUCAGCUGAGUGUUCUUUUUCUCUUGAGAAGGGAAUCCUCCCCAAUGAUCCCUUUUAGUUGCAAUCACUCUUAGGAAGUCCGUGUUGGAACAGAAGUCCUCACGUCUUAGGGACUUGAUAAUGGAAUUGAAACUUUUUCUUCUGAGGGCCAGAUACUGUCCCUGUUAUAGCCUCCCCCUGCCUAGCAGCCAGAACAAAGCAGCCAUAGAGUCAGCCAACCCCACCCCCCUGAAAUCAUCCAGCAUGGCCACUUCUGCCUAAUCCCUGCUUCUGCCUUCUGUACAGGAAUCUGGGCCCAGGCAGAGGGACAAGGUUUCAUUCUGUAGUAUUUUGCCUAGCACAGUUCAUUCCGCCUGUGAGCUGUAGUCCUUAAUGUCCAGUGGCAGGCCAUCUUAACAGCUACUGUAUUAAGUAGCCUAUAAAGAAACAUGCUGGUGCUUUUAGAUCAAUUCUUAUGAGGGCAGGUAUUUACACGACAGAGAUCACCACUCAAGUGGGUAGGCAGGCUCCACAGAGAGGCCAGAACCAAUCAGUCAUGGAAACCAGCUUACUCUAGACUACUGAGCUGCCAGACAAGCAGACAGCUGAGGGAGGAUAAAGACUUUAUGGAGCAGCUAAAUCAUUUUUCUGUGCCAGUUUCCCUUACAGUAGACAGCUAUGAGAUCACUACCCCUGUGCUAUGCUAGUUGCGGACUGCUACAAAGAUGCUGUGCCACCAGUGGCUGUAGGAUUCGGUGAGGAGGUGGUGGAGCAAAUGAAUCGUAGUUGCAGUCAGUCAGCACAACGAGAGGGUACUGAUUCCAACAGUUUUGACAGGAUUUAUGAAGUCACAGAAUUGAUAACAAAUGUAUGUAAUCUGUUGUGUGCUAGAAAUCUAGGGCAGGGCUGUCUAAAUUCUAAGUGCCCGGGAAACAUGUGCCCCCCUAGGCUGCAUCAGUGGAGGCAGCAGCAAGGUGAGCCACUGGCCCUUUGGGCCACACGCCACUUGGGUGACACACUGCUGCAUGUGAUACCCCCACCAAACUGCUCUGUGCAUACAUGCCCAUGGGCAGCCACUGCACUGUGCACCCAUGGGUGCCUCUCCCUCCCAGCCACUGCACUGUGUGCCCACACAGCUCUGGCCUUACCCUCAGCUCUUCAUGCUGUGCUGCUCUGCCGUGCCCCCUGGGGCAGGGCUUGGAAGUGUAAGUUGGAGGGGGAGGGAGAGACGGUAGCUCCUGCUGCAGCCAGAGCAGUAGGGGAGUAAUGGCUGGACAGAAGGGUAAGGGUCAUAUUUUAACUGCUUGUGGGCCGCAAGCUGUCAGUUGGACAGUCCCGAUCUAGAGGGUAGCUAAUAUCUUGCCCAUCUUUAAAAUUAAUACUGGGGUGGACUGUGGGAUUUGAAGAGCUGCCAGUAGAGAUGGCUGACAUUUUCCCCAUUUGUUCUUUUUUAAAUUUUAAGUUUGAACUGAAGUACACACAGAAGUGCUGACCUAUGGAAGAAUGUCUUCCUGAAUGAAAGCCAAAGAUAAAUGCAUAAGCAACAUGCCGGGAGAUGAAGUUCAGUGUAGACAGGUGCAAGGUAAUGCACGUUAGAAGGACUUAUUUGAAUUACUCACUGUUGUGUAGUAGAUUAGCUACUCAGGGAAAAAGCGUAGGCAUCCCUGCAGCUGUUCAUUAUGUAGUGGUGGUAUAAAAAAAAAAAAGAGGUGAGGUUAUACAGCAAGAGAGAAUAAUCUGGGAAUGUUGAAUGCUGUAAAUAAGGAGGUGAUGUAGCUUUUCUGAGAGUGCCAUUUCACUUCCCAAAAAGGCUACAGCCGAACCAGCAAAAGUCCAGAGCUGCCAUUUGAUCCUUGCUCUGUUACUGGGCCACUACAGCUCUGGGUUGAUCUUGUUGAAUACCCCCACCUGCCUCAUUGGAUUUGCAGACAGUGCAGUGGUUUAAAAAAGCAAAGAUGUGACUUUUGAACUGUUCAGUUCUUGUGACUUUUUAAAAAUACUCCAGCUCCUUCAAGAUUGCAUUGAAAGCUGGUGAUCGUGCAAAAUACUCUGGUACCAAACUGGCUAACUCAUGGUCAUGACCAGGAAACUCACUGCAGCUGUGGGGAGCAAAAUUUACUUGAAAAGUUGGAGAGUGAGUUGCAAAAAUACUUUUUGUUUAUUUAUUUAUAUUUCAAAUGCUGUUUAGUUUUGAUUAUUUAUUGUGCCACUCCAAGGACUGGGAUAUAUUUUGUAAAAUGUAAUGGGUUUUAGUAAAAUGUGAUUUCUUUGAAGUUUUUAGUUAUUAAAUAGUUGCUGGGCUCCAAAUGGUGUUGGUGAGAACUCUGAGGCCUAUGGAUAAGUUAAUUGGCAAUUUGUGAGCUUCUGUUAGAUUUGAAAUUGACUUUGCUUGAGUCUGUCCCUUUGCUAAUGUCCAAUGUAGCAAGCUCCUACAUGAAUGCUUUGAUAUGCCCAUUGUUUUACUGAAAGGAGAGAGAAAAAUCUAAGGAAAAUCUUGCUGCUUUUGGAACCACUGGCAGAAGCUCACAGACUUCACCGAGGGCCAGAUCAGAUACUGAGUGGCACUUGUAGAUUGCUUUCCUUUUAAUGUUACAGUAUAGUUAGAAAGGGUGGGCCAGAUUCUCAGGAGCUGGAAAUCAGCCUGGAAAACCAGGGAGCUCUGCUAGCACAUGCAUCUCUGGCCUCAUGAUUUCCUGGGAUUUUCUGAGUACACUGUUUUCCUGCUUCUGAAUACUUGUUUAUCAUAUUUGUUUGUCCAGUAUAGUUAUUCAGGCCCUCAGCUGCUUACAUUCCAGCUCAUUUGUGGUGAGGGGAGAAUCACUGCCAGGCUAUUGGUCCCGUGGGGCUGGUAAAAGACCCAGAGGUUAGCAUGCUGCAAGGCAAGCCCAGCCAUUAUCCCAGAUACGCCCCCUGUGUUGACUGCAGGAAGGGGAUGUGAUGUAUGAGUGGGAUACUGGCUUUAUGUAUAUCAUCCAAGGAGUCCCCUACCAGAGGGUGACUUAAAUAUCUACACCCAGGUGCACUGGCUUGAGGUCUCAGUGACAUGAGAGUAUCAUAUCACUGGCCCAGCACAGGGCUGAAUGUAAGUCCAAACUUGGGUUGGACUGAAGGUUUCUUUCUAUUCUGGCACCAUGUAGCCUAGGUGGCUUGAAGUUCCUGUCAGCCAUGGCUGACAAGGCCAUUCCAAUGCAGGAAGAGCUCUUUUUCUUAGAAUUAACCCUUUGCAUUAUUUUUCCAGGAAUUAAAAACAAAACAUCCUUCCAGGAAUUGCACAGGUAAUCUAUAUAGAGGCAUGACGGUGUUUGCUGAAUGUUUACUGUCACCCAGAUCAGUAGCAACAAGCUGCAAGUUAGGAUAAAACAAAGCUGAAACUCUAGGGUGCCUAGACAUGA